GAUAACCGAACUGUCAUCACAAACGUCGGCCUUCUGUCGGUAUUGUUUAGAAAAAUUUUAUCUCGCAAAUUAAUUCUUUUUCGAUUUUUGCUUUGAUUAAGGUGUAAAACUAUGUCGGCACCUACGGCAGCGGUUCUAGCACACACGCGACGAGUUUGUACGUUGUACAAAAAAUCGUUGCGCAGCCUAGAAUCUUGGUAUGAUAGAAGACAUAUCUUCCGUUAUCAUGCCGUUUUGAUGAGAGCGCGCUUCGAUAAACACCGAAACGAGAAGGAUCCUGCAAAAAUUGCCCAACUGGUAGCCGAUGGCGAACGCGAACUGUUCGAGACACAGCAUUUUCAGCCAAAAAAAUUCGCUAUGUCACCUGGUGGAGUGGCCUUCGAGCGCGAAGUGGUUCCUCCAGACUGGGUCCUGGACUACUGGCAUCCGCUGGAAAAGGCACAGUACCCGGAAUAUUUUGCCCGUCGUGAAAAACGCAAAGAGGAAUACGUCAUCUGGUGGGAGAAACAAUACGGCAAGGCACCCUCUUCCGAUUCACAUCAUUAAUUACCGAUUGCUGACGAGAAAACUGUCAAUCAAACGUUCAAUAUACUGCUUCUUUCGUGAGAUAAAUAGAAAGAUAAUUGUUUAGGAA